GUGCAUCGCUUGCUGUGAAUUGACCAAUAGCUGUAUGGAAUUGACAGACCCACUGUGCUGGCAGCGUGCGUGCGACUGCCCGCGAAGGGAAGAAGACGAGCGAGGUGCUGUGUGCUGAUUUCUCCUUCUCUAUCUAGCUCACCAUAUCAAAGUCAUCUCACAAUGCCUGUAAAUCAUACAUUUCAAGGAGGGAAAGCCUUUGGAUUAUUAAAAGCUCAACAAAGGGAGAGAUGCGAGGAAAUAAACAAGGAAUACAUGGAAGACCAGAAAUACCGGGAUGAGGAGGACCUCCUGGAAAAACUGGAUUCUUUUAAAAACAAAUAUGCAGAGUUUGACCUGAACGACCAGGGAGAGAUUGAUAUGAUGGGUCUGAAGAGGAUGAUGGAGAAGCUGGGUGUUCCUAAGACCCACCUGGAGAUGAAGAAGAUGAUCUCUGAGGUGACCGAAGGCGUCAGCGACAGCAUCAACUACAGAGACUUUGUCAAGAUGAUGCUGGGAAAGCGCUCGGCCGUUCUCAAACUGGUGAUGAUUUUCGAGGACAAGGCUAACGGGGCCAUCUGUAAGCCUGAUGGUCCUCCACCCAAACGGGACAUAGCCAGCCUGCCAUAGACCCAGGACAUCCUGAGCCUCUAGACUAUAUCACCAUUCUAGGACCCUACCAAGGCUCCUGCCCUCAGCCAAGAACGUGUACAUAGCCUUAUCAACUCCCCACCUCAGGAUGUGCACAUGUCCCAGAA